CAGCUCAUUCCACAAAUAUGGACGAACUGGAGGACAAAAAAGACUGAAGGCCUCCCUGCCCUGAUGAUGUUUCUUUGGGCAUUAUGUGGUCUCCCCUUUGGGGUUUAUGCUAUUUCUCAGAACUUCAACAUUCCUCUCCAGGUGCAGCCGCAGGUCUUCAUGGCCCUCUGCUUAGUGUCGUGGGCACAAAUACUACGGUACCAUAACCGUUGGCCAGCAUGGAAAGCAUCUGGAUUAGCUCUCGCAAUUGCAGCUCUCUUUGCGGGCCUAGAGGCCGCUCUUAUUCUGACGUUAAGGCCGAUAUACGAAGAUGGCAGCGAGACUCCUAUGAUUGUUGUCGGAAUCAUUGCCGCAGUUUUACUCGCCGCCGGCUUACUCCCGCCAUAUGGAGAGCUGUGGAAGAGAAGGGGAAGAGUCAUCGGGAUAAAUUGGGUCUUUCUCUCUAUGGAUUGGCUCGGCGCAUUCUUCUCCCUCAUGGCCCUUGUUGCCCAAAACAGAUUUGACGUCCUUGGCGGUGUUCUUUAUAUUAUCUGCUGCAUUCUCGAAAUUGGCAUCUUCUCCUCCCACCUCGUAUGGCUGGCGCGAACUCGGAAAAUUCGGAAAGCUGCAGCUGCUGAAGGCAAAACCUUUGACGCCAUUGCGGCGGAGCAUGAAGCUCGAGGAAUCCCGUUCAAAUUUGCGGAAAGGAAGAGUUGGAAGGAGGAAAGGAGAGCCGUGCGGACCGAAGGGAGCAAGGAAUCAUCGGGGGGCGAUAUUGAGAUGGGAGGUGUGGAGCAAGGGGCGCAGAACAAGUGA